AUGUCAUCAGAUUCGGAUUAGCAUAAAAAGGAAGAGGCAAAUCGGAUCUAUGUGACAGGAUAUUCAACUAAAGAAUCAGAAAUGGAUAUUAAGAGUAUAUUCGCAAGACAUGGAGAAAUUCAGGAGUUUUCAUGGAAAGGACGCUUUUGUUUCAUCGCUUAUACCAAGCCUGAGGACGCAGCAGAUGCUGUUAGAUUGAUGAAUUAGUAGGAGGUCAAUGGAAGAAAUUUGAUUGUGGAGCUAGCACGAGCAAAGAAAAAGGAUGGAGCCUGUUAUUAAUGUGGGAAAUAGGGGCAUUUUGCUCGAAAUUGUCGUUUAAAUAGACGCUCUUAUUCUGACUCCAGGCGCCAUUCAAAGAAGAAAAAAAAACAUAGAAAGCAUAGAUCAUCAAGCUCUUCCUCGAGUAGUGAAAAGAAAAAAUCAAAAAAGAGAAAGAGAAAGAGCAAGAGCUCUUCUUCAAGUUCUCAUUCACGUUCAAGUGAUUGAUAAAUAAAGAUUCAAAUAUAUUAAAAAUCAUAAGUAAAUUAUAUAUACAUAUA